AUGAAAGCGGUUGACACCUUGUCCGAGCUGGGUUCCCAAAGCUCGUCCUCGAAAAGACUGGUGACACCUCAGUGCAAAAGGGACAAGUUGCUGCAAAAUCGAAGCUUGCAGGUUGAGGCAUGGGACAAUGUCCAAACUCCUAGUCCGCCUUCAAAACCACGCGCUGAUCACAUCAUGGCAUUGGCAGAGGCAUUGAAAAAUGCAAGACAUGGUGCCUCCUAUGAGAAGCCUGUUGAGACCAAGGGUCAACUCCCUGACCAUGUCUUGAAAGUCUUGGAAGAGAAAUGUAUGAUGACUGCUCCAGCCCCGUUUCCGCAGUCCGCCCAAUACAAGAAAGCUGAUGAAGCUGAUGUGGACAACCAAGAUGAGCCAGGAACUGAGAAGCCGCGCCAGAAACGAAAGAAGAAGUCGAAGAACAAACGCCGAGCUCCUGCCCAGGUGGCCAAGGCUUCCAAAGGAGACCCAAAGGCCGAGCCAGCCGUUGUUGUGCCAGAUGAGUUCAAACCGGCCACACCUGAUGAGACAUACACCCCAGCGCGCUAUUCAGAGCUACGGAAACAUUUUGUUUCUGAAAAGAUGGCAACUGGGAUGUCCUGGAAAGAUGCACAGGCUGAGUGGAACAGGGGCAACCUGAAACGACAACUUUUAUCUAGUUUGGAUUUGCCUGAGUUGAAGAAGAGGCGAUUUGUCUCCAAAGAUUGCACUACUAACCCAUGGGCAUCCUAG